GUCGUACAAAACACCCGCCAUUUUUUGACAUUAGAAAUUCAAAUACGUAAACUCAGCUGAGAAACGUCUGUACCCUCUUAUAUGUUAUAUUUAUCGUACAUUGAAGAUGACUGGAUUACUGGACAGUUGUGAGGCUCAGUUCGGAACGAGAAACUUGUAUUUGGUGCUGAAAAUAAGGAAAGAAUCGACUCCUCAAGAAGUGAAGAGGGGCUACCACAGACUAUCACUCAGUGUGCAUCCAGAUAGAGUCCCAGAAGAUGAGAAAGAAGAGGCAACCAAAAAAUUCCAAACACUUGGCAAAAUUUACUCUAUACUGUCUGAUAAAGACAAGAGAGCCCUCUAUGAUGAAUCAGGUGAAAUUGAUGACGAAAAUGAUGUCCCCCAAGACAGAGACUGGUACGAUUACUGGAGACUAAUGUUUUCUAAGGUCUCUGUCAAAGACAUAGAAGAAUUUGAAGAAAAAUAUAAAGGAUCUGAUGAAGAAAAAGAUGAUCUGAAAGCUGCUUAUUGUGACUAUGAAGGAGAUAUGGACAUGAUAUUAGACAGUGUGAUGUGUGCCACAGUAGAUGAUGAAACUCGCUUUAGGAAAAUAUUGAAAGAUUUAAUUCAAGCUAAGGAGAUUCCAGCUUAUAAAGCAUUUACUAAGGAAAAGAAAACUGCACAGACUCAGAGGAAAAAGAAGGCUACUAAAGAGGCCAAAGAAGCUGAAGCAGCAGCUGCUGAACUUGGGGUCAAUGGAAUGGACUCACUUCAGGCCCUAAUACAAAGUAAACAAAAUUCAAGACAACAAGGCAUGGAUGACUUUUUCUCACAAUUCAAUAAGAUGAUGUUGGUGCAUACAGUAAUAGUCCUGUUUGGGAUGUGGGCUGUGGCACAUGCAGGAGGUCUUGGCGAUUGGGCGGAGAACAGAGGUGUAAAAGUGCCUAAACGUGGUAGGGUUGAGCCUCACCCUGACUUCAAGGGGUGCAGGAUAUCCGAAGGCCGAUACAAAGUAGCUGAAGUCCCUGGUAAACCAAAUGAAAUUGAUGAAUGCGUUUACUAUGAAUGUUUGGGUAAUGAAUGGAAACGAAAAGUGUGUCAGGACAAGUUGGGCGUAUUAGAGGAUCGGUUUAACGAAGAGGGCAGAACGAAUAGCUUCCCAUGUGUGAAGCCAUCGAAUAAAUGUUUAUCAACUCUGUCAGAAAGAGGAGUGGCUUCUGUAUAUGGCAGUAUUGUCAGAGACUUUCUCUACUUCAACACCUACAAUAGUGCGAGGAUGGUACGAAAGGCAAUUGAUGAAAUGCCACUUGAUGCUAAACCAUGUGCUACCCACACAUUUGAAGCUCUUCGUCAUGCAAGAGAGGUUCAUUUGACUGAAGAAAAUGGAAGACGUAAUAAAGGCGCAGAUAUACGUGAUUGUGCUGUAUUGUUGAUGACUGAUGGAUAUACUCAUCCUCAAAUCAAGAAAUCUGAGACUAUUCGAGAAGCUAAUAACAUACGCAAAAUAUGUGCUUUAAUUCUGGUUACUUUGCCAAAUAGUCCAGAAGAAGAAAAGGAAAUGUCUGAGAAACAAAGAGAGAAAUUGCGUGAAGAGGAGUUUUCAAAGAUACAACCGGACAAAGAGAUGAGGAUUGACCUUACGUCAUUUGAUGAACUGGAAGAAAACAUCAAUAACAUUGCAAGAAAGACGUGUCAGCCUGUUAACCGCGUUUAG